GCUUCUGAAAAAUAAAAUGUCAUACCUUGGAAUAUUUUUGAAAAUAAAUAGUGCAUUUUUAUAGUAGGAAGUUUUAUUCAGUUACUAAAACACAAUGUGUUUUAUUUUGAAAUUACAAAAUCGGAAAUGAACUUGCUGUUCAACGUAGCUUGACAGCUAACUAGCGUUAGCAACGUAGUUGGCUACACCCCAAAGGGAUUUCACAGCAAAAAAAACCGAGUAUAUAAUACAACAUAUAAUGCAGAAUUACUGCGCUGUGCCGAACUGUACUGGUGGCAAAACCGACCCUCAGCCACUUUUCAGGUUUCCUCAUGAUCCAGAAAGGUCCAAAAAGUGGAUUGAAAAAUGCCAGAGGCAAGAUCUCAUAGACAAAUCACCGGGCCAGUUGUACGAGUGCUACAGACUUUGUGGGAAACAUUUUGAAGCAUCUUCUGUUGAAAGUAGCGCUCAGAGCACAGUGCUGAAGGAAGGUGCCAUACCAACCAUCUUUGAUGGACCAAGCCAACCUCAAAAUGCGCAGGUGAAGCGCAGUAAUGUGACGACCAAAGAUGAUGAAACGGACAGCAAGGGGAGAAAAAAAAUCAAGAAGUCUCAAGCAGAGACCGCUAAGAAAGAUGUGCAGACACUCCCAGAGGAAGAGGAAUACAAAGAGUAUCUUAAAUCCUUGUUUAAAGUUCUUGUACUGUUGGGAGAGCAAAGCAUUCCUCCGACAGGGCCUGGCGAUAAUAAACAGGAUGGCAACUUUCAGGCAUUGUUAGAAUAUCGCCUGAAUAGCGGAGAUGAAGUCCUUAAGAAGAGGUACGAUGUGAAUAAGGAGUGCUGCUCCUCAGAUCAGCUCAAUCAGUUGAUUGAGGUGUGUGAGAAAUGCAUCCGCAGUAAGCUGGUGGAAGAAGUUCAACAAAAUGGCUACUUCUCAUUACUUACUGAUGACUUGGUGAAGAUCUCAGGAGAAUGGUUCCUCCCUGUCUUUCUGCGUUAUGUGGACCAGUCUAACUGCCAGCGGGAGAGGUUUGUUGGAUUCUUGUCCUUUGAGGGAGACGCAGAUGCCUUAGCAGAGAAACUGCUCUCUGAAAUGACUGACAGUUGGGGCUUGGAUAUGGAACAGUGUAGAGGUCAAGCCCACUCCUCCUCUGGGACACAUUUGAGUAAAAUAAAAGCAUUUUCUGCCAAACUGAUGGAGAGGUAUCCAAUGGCAGUGCUUACACUAAGAUCUACUCGUACUCUGAACCUGUCACUGGCUAAUGGCAUGGCUUUGUCAGGAGUUCAGCUUGUUUUGUCUACCUUUAUGAAGAUUGAGGCAUUCUUCAGUCAGUCCCCUUUACUGCAGUUGGAGUUGGAGCACGCCAUUUCGAUUUUCUACCCGGACAAAGAAGAGAGGGCCAAGGAGCUGAAGGAGAUCUGCGGAACCAGCUGGACCAGACGACAUGAUGCGUUUGAGGUGGCAGUGGAAAUCCUAGAGGCAUUGCUACUCUGUGUGGACAGCGUUCAUGACAACGAGGACAUGAGGUGGAACGAUCAAGUCACACACAACGCCUUGGAGAUUUCAAAAGCACUAGCUGAUUUUGAAUUUACAGUGGCACUGGUCGUGCUGAAAAACACUCUGACAUUGACACAAGCGUUUGGGAAUAACCUGCAAGGGAACGCAACAGAUGCCCACUUUGCUGCAACCAGUUUAAAAGCUGUAUUGCACUCCCUGAAGGAAGUGUCUGACAACAUCGAUGUGUAUCAUGAGUUCUGGAACGAUGAGGCCGUUAACCUAGCCACUGCGAUGGAGAUCCCAAUUAAGGUUCCUCGGUCCUUCUUGAGAAAGCAGCAGUCAGAAUCUGGAGCCGUUCAGCCGGAGAGUCACUACAAGGAGCGCCUGUCUGUUCCCGUGGUGGAGCACGUCAUCAAAGAAAUGAAUGAACUCUUCUGUGAGGACCACCUAAAGGCUCUGGGAUGUCUGUCACUAGUCCCUGCUGUCAUAGAGCAGAAUAAGUCUUCUGAACCCGAGGAAGAGAAUGUGCAAGUGUUUAAAAACUCCAUCCCUAAUGCAGGAACCCUCUCCGCUGAGAUGCACUGUUGGUGGGUUAAAUGGAGCAAAAAGGGCAAAGGCGAGACUUUUCCUUCAAAUCUCCAUGAAACGCUGCAGCUGGCCGAUGUGAAGUUCUUCCCAAACAUGCUGGCCAUUCUGAGACUGAUCGGCAUCCUGCCUACCUUGGCUCUGGAGGACAGCUGUGAUGUGGCGUACAAGCGCUUCCAGAUGUACUUGGAGAACAUGCCUGACAAAUUCAAAUCAAAAAGUCUUGCUCUUUUAAACAUGAACUAUGAUGUUGGAUAUGAUCUGGACUCAAUGGUUGAGGUCUAUAUGAAGACAUACCCUGACAGGGAGGAUGUGUCUUAGUCAGUUGUGACAUGUAGUUAAACCUCUGGACAGAUUAUCUUCAGCUUUGUAAAUGUUUUUUUAAUAUCAAGCCCUCGUACUGAAGGAGCAUCUUCUGUAGGCUGUUUUGUUUUUUGUGUUAACAUGUAGAUUGUAAAUAAAUGAGACUGGCUAGCAAAGUGUCAUGAAUUGAGUUAUACAUACCAGACAUCUUUACAUUUACCGUAGUUGUUGCUAUACUUUACAUGCUUUCUUGUUAUGUUUUGGGCAGCCAGUAUUAGCCACUCUGUUGUCAUCCUGCAAACCUCCGAGUGUGACCGAGUCCUGAUUCCAGCUGUCCAAGUCCAUUCCUCGACUCUGUUGUGUAAACUAAUUACAAAUGGUUCAUGUUUUUAGAGUGGGGGUUAAUACUAAUGUAAGCCUUGUUAAAGUGUUUUCUGUCUGUCACCCAGUGGUCUGCUGACAUGUAACAAAUCAACUGUCCAUCCCUCCCUGAGCAUGUUAAUAAAGAGCCUUGUCUCAUGGGUUUAUAACUUUUUAAGACCAACAUUUUUUUUAACAUUGUAAACUAAGUAGAACAUUGCUUCCAAUAAGUAGGGAAAAAGUCUAAUUUAGAUUUUUAUUAUU